ACUGAGCACGUGGUCAGCGGACUUUGAGCGUGGAAAUCAAUCAAUAACUGCAUUCAUUCGAGCAGCUGUGAGGGUUUAUCUGUGUCGAACGCGGACACUUGGUAUCGCAAGACGCUCGAUGGACUUCCACAAACUUAACUCUUUUGAAACCUUUAAGGAGGUGUGGAGUUGUUAUGGCUACGGAGAAAACCUGGAGGACAUGCUUGAGAGGGAGUUCACGCGGAUGAAAGGCACUGUAUAUUUGGAUCAUGCAGCAAAUACUUUGUACCCGGAAUCACUGGUCAGGAGCUACAGCCUUGAUAUUUCAAGGAAUGUGUAUGGAAACCCUCACAGCCACAACCCCAGCAGCAGAUUGACACAUGAGACCAUGGAGAGGGUCAGAUACAGGAUAUUGCAGCAUUUCAACACUACCCCAGAGGAGUAUUCAGUGAUUUUCACUUCUGGCUGUACGGCCGCUAUCAAAUUAGCGGCAGAGGUCUUCCCCUGGAGGUCGCAAACAGAAAGCGAGGCGGGGAGUCACUUCUGCUACCUCACUGACAACCACACAUCUGUUGUUGGCAUAAGGGGACUAACAUCUAACCGGGGAGUAGUUACCCUGCCCGUCUCCCCUCAGGAAGUGGAAAAUAGGGCAAAAGAUAAGAUUCUGGGUGAAGUUGAGGUUUGUCAGACCCCACAUCUCUUCUGCUACCCGGCACAGAGCAACUACUCAGGGACGAAGUAUCCCCUCAGCCAUGUAGAAGGCUUACAGGCAAGACGCCUUUAUCCAGCAUGUGACCAUCAAGGCCAUUGGUUUGUGCUGCUGGAUGCAGCCUCGCUUGUCAGCUGUUCUCCUCUUAACCUACAAGACUGCCCUGCUGAUUUCAUCCCAAUCUCCUUCUACAAGAUAUUUGGCUUCCCUACAGGUCUGGGCGCCCUUCUUGUCCGCAACCAUGCUGCAGGCAUACUAAAAAAGACUUAUUUUGGGGGAGGCACAGCAGCAGCUUACCUUUCUAGCGAAGAUUAUUAUGUGCAGGCUGCAAAUGUUUCUGACAGAUUUGAAGAUGGCACUGUCUCGUUUUUGGACAUCAUUGCCCUCAACCACAGUUUUGAAGCUUUAUACAGGAUCACUGGAGGAAUGCAAAACAUACAACAGCACACCUUUGGCUUAGCGCGUUACACUUACAUGCUUCUGUCAAGUCUUUGCCAUGGCAACAGGCGACCAGUGGCCCAGAUGUACACACUAGGCCAGUUUGACAGUCCAAGAACCCAGGGCGCAAUAUUAAACUUCAACCUUAUUGAUUCGUGUGGAGAAAUAAUUGGAUAUUCUCAGGUAGACAGAAUGGCAAGUUUGUACAACAUUCAUGUGCGCACUGGUUGCUUUUGCAACACUGGAGCUUGUCAGAGCUUUCUUGGGAUCACAAAUCAGGAGAUGAGGAGAAACCUGCAGGCCGGCCACGUCUGCGGAGACACCAUCGACUUGGUGGAUGGGCAGCCGACCGGAUCUGUUCGCGUGUCAUUUGGCUACAUGUCAACAUUUGACGACUGCCAAAAGUUCCUGAGUUUUGUUGUUGAGUGUUUUGUGGAGAAACCAGUCACAAUUGACCAUGCAAGACUAGAGAGGCUUAAAGCAGCCAUCGUAUCAAAUGAAGAGAAAACAGUCAAUAUCAUUGAGGUAACACACAAAGUUGAAGAAAAGAAGAUUUCACAGAAAGGAUUUGAACCUGUACGUCCAAACAGCUGUGAGGGGCCUUAUAUAUUGACCAACAUCUACAUAUACCCCAUCAAAUCAUGUGGAGCAUUUGAGGCCCACAAAUGGCCGGUAGGACCUCAGGGUUUACUCUAUGACAGAAGCUGGAUGGUGGUAAAUGGAAAUGGCGUGUGCUUGAGUCAAAAAAGAGAGUCACGUUUAUGCCUCAUUCGCCCACAAGUUCAUUUGUCCUCAAACGAAUUGCUCUUGCGGGCUUCAGGGAUGAAUACCAUUUCAGUUCCACUGGAAAUCAGGAGGGAAAUGCACGCAAGCUUUCAAAUCUGUCAGAGUAAAGUUUGUGGUGACAGGGUUGAGACAAUGGACUGUGGUGAUGAGGCUGCAUCGUGGCUUUCAGACUUGCUUGGACAGCCAUGCCGCUUGAUUAGACAAAGUCCAGAUUUUACUCGAUACAUGAACAAGAAGUCUGAUACAGCCAUCACCUCUUCGACACUCUCCCUGGUGAAUGAGGCUCAGUAUCUCAUGAUUAACCGUGCAAGUGUGGAGCUCAUUCAAAAAGUAAUGAGCAGCAGGCAAGACUAUCCCGAGUUUGAUACAGAGAACAUCAUCAGUCGGUUCCGAUCCAAUUUCAUCAUCUCAGGGGUUGAACCAUUUGAAGAAGAUAAUUGGUCACACUUGGUAAUUGGCAACAUUCGAUUCAUGGUCAGAGGCCAAUGUGUACGGUGCCAAAUGGUUGGGGUUGAUCAGAAUACUGGGACCAAAACAAAGGAGCCUCUGAUGUCUCUCUCUGCGUACCACAAUGGAAAGGUUACAUUUGGUGUCUACUUGAGCCAUCAGUUGCCAAAAGGGUCACCGACAGCUGGUGUCCUCAGUGCUGGCUCCCACAUACUGCCAGAGCCCCAUAUUUCUGAAACUGGUCACCCAUCUCCAUCACCAUCUCUUCCUUCAUCAAACACUGGUGACUUACCCUCAACAUCAGGGGGAUUUGUCUCAUGAUUGCAGAUAGUUAUGUGUUGAGUGUGCACGUGGGUUUUAUUUUAUAUACUGUUGUUCGCAGCGCCGC